AUGUUGUGGGCGAUCCGCACAACCCCAAAGGAAGGAACGAGUGUAACCCCGUUCCACCUGGUGUACGGCGACAAAGCGGUCGUCCCUGUCGAGGUCGAACUCAAAUUCAAUCGAAUACAGCACUACAGUGAAGACAACGUCGAGCGGAGGCUUCUGGAGUUGGACUUUGUAGAUGAGACGUGCGACAAAGAAGUCGUUCAGCUGAUGGCCUAUAGGCAGAGGAUGAGACAAAACUACAAUCGACGAGUGAUCCCGAGGUCAUUCCAGGUCAGCGACCUCGUGUGGAAGAAAGUAAAGCUGGUUGGCGAUGUCACUAAACUAGAAGCUCCAUGGACCGGACCAUUCAAAGUAGUGGAUCGAAAUGAAAAAUGA